CACUGCAAACCUUGGAUUUGAUAAUGGAGGAAUCAAUGCAAAUGGGAAAGGGAACUUGAUCCACAAUGAUGUAAAUGUUAACUGGCAACAUGUUUUGGCGCACAACCUGAGGAUGAAACGCCAAACCCCUCUGCCUGAUUCAAUGGAGUCUCGUCAUACUCUCAAUGUGGACAUCAACAGCCGAACAUUUACUGAUGUGAGCUUCCGGUAUGCUUCCCGCAAAGAUGGCAUCACUGCAUCCAUGUCUUCACCAUCAACUGGCUUCCUUGGAUUGCAUUUUCAGCGAAAGUCUCCAUCACAACUGUAUGGAAAACUGUUCAGUCGCUACCUGUCUACUCCUGAAAAGGAUACUGAUGUUUUCACUGCCAAAGCCACAUUGAGAAACUCUCAGAAGUUAAUCUUACAGAUGUCAUGGAAUCUGGACUUCCUCCACAAUGCUAUUGAGGGGACCAAGGACAGGAUUCCUGCUAUGAACAAUGCUGUACUCAACAUCAUUAACAAGUAUCACACUGCCCACUUUGGCUUUGACCUCAACCGAGGCAGCAUGAAGCUGAAAAACUCAGUUUCCAACGCCAUUGAGAGAGCCUACAAUGAGGUCCCUAUGUCUCUUAACUCACUGCAGCGUUCAGUCAAACACCUUGGGGAGUCAAUAAAUGUGCAGGAUGUUGUAGACAAACUAGCUCAUGAGACUAAAGAAGUUUUGAAACAUGUCGAUAGACAGAUAAUUGCCUUGCAAAUUGAAGUCAAAGAGUUGAUGAAUGCCACAAAGUUUACAAUGCCUGGAUCUGAAGAGAAGCUCUCAACAUUAGAUAUGUUUGAUCAUGCUCAUCGGUCUGUAUCAAGAGCCACUGACAGGGCAAUGCAAAGAUUUGCCAGCCUCAUGGAGAAGGUUUCUAGAUUAAUCAAGGGGAUUGAGUUCACCAUACCUGGAACCAAGUUUAUUGUCAAUGGAAAUGAGAUCAUGGAGAAAUUGGAGUUUACUACAAGAUCUGCAUAUGAUCAGCUAAGAGAGUCACUGCACAGGGCGUUCAGUUUGCUUCACGAAACUGUUAAUAGCCUCUUUCAAGUAAUUGCUGAAAAAACAGAGAAUUUCCGUACCUACCUGAAAGAGGAAAAUGUUGAAAUUGCUUCUCAAGUUGAUGCUGUCUAUGGAGAGGUUCUGAAAUCUUCGAAACACCACAUUGAGAAGGCAAGGAGAAAGAUGGCUAACUACAAAGACCUUACCAAACUAAAGAUUCAAGAGGCUUAUGAUGCUUUAAAUAUGGAAAGUGCAAAUAACAAUACCGUGGAGUUUAUCUCUAUUUUGCAGUCACAUUUCUAUGGAGGACUUAAUGAGGGUUUAGACUUAAUGAGAAGGGCAUCACAGAGCACAGCACCCUACAUUAGAGUGACCAACAAAAAGACUGACAUUGAAAUUCCCUUACCCUUCCGUUGGAAGUCUUUCAGCAGCUGGCCAACGCAAUCCAGUCCGUGGAUUUCUUCAUAAAGGCUAACCACAUUUAUGUCCUUGUAAAAAAAAUAUUUUUUGUACAUCGCCAAUAAAUAUUAACUUGAAGGUCCAGUGUGUAAGAUUUAGGUGAAAGGGAUCUAUUGGCAGAAAUUUAACGUAGAAUAAUCAUCAUGAUAUUUUCACUCAUACUCAUCUAAAGUGUAUGAAUUGUAGUUUUCUGUAGCCCAGAAAAGGUCCUUUAUAUUUAAAUAUUUUAUAUUUACAUCGAGGGGACGCUCUCUACGGAGACCGCCAUGUUUUUACAGUAUUCCAGACUGGACAAACUAAACACCUUUUGAGUUUUUAUGACAACUGAAGCUGCCACAGUUUCUUUUUCAUGUUUGGAAGGAGAGGGUGAGGUCAGGGGCGUUCAGCUGCAACAUGCAAUUUCAACACUAGAUAUCACAAAAUUCUACACACUGUACCUCUAAAGGAAUUUUAGUUCAGUGAAAUAGUUUAGUGAAAUAUACGCAAAUUAUUCUUAAGUGAUAUUGCUUUCAACUUGACAAUUUCUACAGUUAUGCCCAAUUAAUGUUUAGCAUGGAUUGAAAGAUAAUGUUUGAUGAUGGUGGUCAGUUGAACACUAAUAAAAACAAAUGUUUGCAUUUCUCA